AUGAACAGAGAAGCGUUUCUACGUAAGUUCUCAAGUUGUCAUGGAAGCUUUUUUUAGAAUUCGUAGACAAAAGCGUUGGGACUAUAGCUAAGAAAAGUUUUCGUAGCGAGAGAGAGCGAGAUUCUGAUAAGAAACAGAGAUGGGAGCUGAAUCGGAUGAAGUUAUUUGCAACAGUGACGUCAUUGCGACAGAAUAAGGCAUCAGAAUUUCCUGCCAAUGAGAAAAUUGUAAAAAUAUACGAAGCGAUCAAUUACAAGUAUGGACAGGCCUAUCGCCAUCACAACUUCUUCCGGUCGGCCAAGCAGCUGUUUUCGUUGAUAAGACGACUUUGUAAUGGCAAUUUUCUCAAGCAAUUGGAGAGAUUGCACAAGGUAACAGUUUUUGAAGUUAAAAAACAAAUAUAGACAACAAUCGUGAGUCGUGUGGAUAGUAAAUAACAGUAGUCUUUUUGUACAUGAAUUGAUACGAUUCUUUUCUAACGCAUGUCGCAAAAAUGUCUUAUUAGAAAUGAUUGAUAACGAGUUGGGUUGAUAAUUAAUGAGUUAUGGCUGUUUAGGGAUUGAGCGACUGUAAAUGUGAAUACAUACCUCAUAAUGACUUUCUGAUACAUACCGGUGCAUUAUUGUGUCGAAGAAUAUAUUUGCUUGACCGAAUAAGGCUUCUGGCUGCUCGAAAUGUGGACUUUGAUCUUGGUUACAUCGAGUUGGGCCACUUUGUAAGGAAUUUUGAGAUUAUUUUGCUAAGAGUUUAUUCAGUUUUAUAUUUUCUUGCUUUACUUCUAAGCUGACAUCAUUUUAAAAAAAAUGAAACGUCUUAUGUAAUUGUAUGUUUUAAUACUGAAAAGCUACACAUUAUACAUAAUACUUUAUAUUUUUGUUAUUAAACAAUUUCAGCUCAAGUUUAACAUGUUGUUGGCCUCAAUGGCAGCAGAAGUGGCAGAUCAAGCCAGAACUCACUUAAAGUUGUUGAUAAAGUCGUAUAACGAGGUCGCUGAUUGUUUUUGUUUGGCUUCAGACAAGUAGGUCACGGGGAUUACGUUUUGAUAUAUUAUUUUAGUUUCCCAACAACUGUUUACGGUUUCAAACUGGAAUCAGUAGAGGUAGACAAUAAUGGGGAGCUGAUAGAGGGACAGAAGAAUCUGGACAACGUCAAAAUGCUUUGUAGAGUCAUUGACAAGACUGUUGAUCCAACGUGAGUAGUUUAAUAAUAUAGCGUAGUUUCAUAAGUUUAAAAACAAUAGCUUAAUGUUGUUGUUGUAGCUUUGAUGACUAUUUUGUUGUAACUGUUUAUUUAGGGUUUUCUAACUUUCAAGGGUAAAAUGAAGUUUAACACUGUAAGGUUUAAAAUUAUACUUAUAAUAAGGUUAUUUUUAGAAGCUCAGAGAUGUCGAUGGAUGACCUGAAGAAUAAGAUCGAGAGGGAGAUGUUACUGUUGACAGCAGACGAAGAAGAUGACAAAGUCGAGACAGAGCCUUCAUUUUACAAAACUAUUGACAUUUCUCGGAAGCGAAAACGCAAAAAUAAAAAAUAA